GGUGAUUUGGGGAGGGAGGCCUUCUGACUGGGAAGAGCUUCCUCCCAAUGAGAGGUGUGAGCCAGCCCUCCCCGUGACGUGACGCCCUUGGCAGCUGCCUCCUUGGCAUGGGGGUGAAGAAGAGCCUUCAGACUGGAGGCAAUUUGCUAAACCUCUCGAGCAGCGUCCUCACAGUACUCUCCACUAGCACCAACUACUGGAUCCGACAACAAGGGGGGCACAGCGGCCUCUGGCAGGAGUGUAUCCAUGGCAACUGCUCCAACAUCCCCUGCCAGAACACCUUGGCAGUGACCGCAGCGUGCAUGGUGUUGGCAGCCGCCUUCAGUAUUGUAGCUUUGGGGAUGGGGAUAAGGAUCCAGUGUCAAGAGGCCGAGUCACUACGUAGCCAGCACACCAUUGUCUUACUUUUUCUUAGCGGGUUGCUGAUGCUGAUUGCCUUGAUCGUGUACACAUCAAAGAAUGCCUGGAAGCCAGAAGUCUUCUUUUCUUGGUCCUACUUUUCCGGAUGGCUGGCUUUACCCUUCUCGUUUAUUGCGGGCUUCUGCUUUCUGCUUGCCGACAUGAUCAUGCAGAGCACCGAAGCCAUCAGCGGGUUCCCCGUGUGCCUGUGAAU